UUAGGCUUAAGUAUGGCGGCAUGUUUGUUAUGGAUCUGAUACUGUCAUUUAAUUUGUGUUAUGGGUUUACCUCUUUAGCUUAUUAGUAUCAUUCCAUCGAGCAACUGCCGAUGGGCAAUGAAGACUCAAACUUUCUAAAAACAUAUCAAGAAUUGCUGGAAAAUGUGGCACGAAGCAAGAAAGCAGGAGAAGAAAAUCCGCGGCAUGAUAGUCGACUACAAAAAGAGGGCGGAACGUCGACGAGAAUUUUAUGAAAAGACGAAAGCGGACCCAACGCAAUUUUUGCAACUUCACGGCCGUAAAUGCCGCAUUUAUAUCGACCCGGCAAUUGCUCAAGCUGCUGACAGUAAAGUUAGCAUGAUGCCAUGGCUAGGCCAAGCUGACAAUCUUAUUGAUCGUUUUGACGUGAGGGCCCAUUUGGACCAUAUUCCUGAAGUUCCUGCCAGUGUGGAAACAAAGCUGUCCAAAGAGGAAAAUUUAGAGGAACGUCAGGCUAACUACGAGAGAUACAGGAUACUUGUUCAAAACGAGUUUUUAGGAAAUCUGGAAGAAAAGUUCUUGCAUCAGAUCCAUAUUGAGGAGCAGUUUGGAUCAAUUGGCGCUAAUAAUGCUAAAUCUAAAGAAGAGGAGAAAAAGAAAUUAGCAGAGAAAAAAGCAGCCAUUGGCUACGUGUAUGAAGAUUCCACGCCCCAAGUUGCAAGCAGACAAUCGUUUGCUAGCAAUGAAGAAUCUGAAGAUGACGAUGACAAUGAAGACAUCGAUUUUGAUUUGAAUGUGGAUAUCAACCAGCUUGGUCCAACCCAAGCGAAUGAAAUGAACAAAUUUGCUCACAAAUUUGGCCUCGUGGGAAAUGACUUUUAUAGUAUGCUUACUAAAGAUGUUGAAGAACAGGAAGCUCUAAGAGCAGCACGAGAACAAGAAGAGGAAAAAGCUCUUUAUUCAGGAAGGAAGUCUCGCCGAGAGAGGCGUGCUUUUCGUGAAAAACGCUUGUUGGGCCGGAAAAUAAGCCCACCUAGCUACGCUGCAAAAGAAAGUCCAAGCAACAAUAGACAAUCAACCUCCAAAUCACGAUCCCGUUCACAUUCGCCAGUGAAUUCUGGCCAGAUCACUUACAUCACGAGCUUUGGGGGUGAUGAAUCUGACAAUGAACCUCAGGCUGCAGUCCAAGGACCCUCGCUGCCGCUCUCUUUGUCUAGUAAAUCACCAACAAAGAACAAAAGUUCUAAGCAGUCGAGCCGACCGGCAACAAGUCCUAAACGAAAUUUUCGGUCAAGUAGAAGGAGCUCAUCAUCUAGCUCCAGAUCGAGAGAACGGAAAUCCAGCAGGAGCAGAGGCCGCCGCAGAUCAAGCAGCUCGAGGUCGAGAAGGCGGCACAAAAGCAACUCACCCAGCCGGAGGAGGAGAAGCAGUUCCAGUUCAUCUUCCUCUUCGCGCUCCAGAAAAAGAAGUAGCAGCCACUCAAGCAGCAGCAGCAGCAGCUUGAGGUCACGCAGGAGUCGUAGGCGAGUGUCCUCAUCCUCAUCGUCAUCUUCUUCAGCCAAGCACCAUUCCAGAAAAACGUCAAGGUCAAAGUCCAAGUCGCCAGCAAUGGAUGUUUCCCCCAAAAGUCUGCCUGCACCUCCGGUCAAGCGAUAUUACGGGAGAAAAAAAGAAGACUUGUCCUCUGAUUCCAAUAUAGAAGUAGAUUCUGACGAAGGGAAUGACAAAUCCAAUGCUAGCUCUAGCAAUAAGAAUGAUGAAAGAUCGACCUCUGGUAAUUCGGGUGCUGCACGCAAACAAUCGUCCAGCAGUUCUCGGCAGGAGCUGCUUAAGAAGAGGAUGCAAGUACUACUCAACAGGCAAUAUCGUGCGGACAAGCGAGCCGAGAAAGAGCGACAGGAAAAGGCUGAACAAGAGCGAGUGGAUAGAGAGGAGGAGCUCAGAGAAAUGUCCAUAAAACUACGACGACGGAUGCUGGAAAGAGAGCGGCUGAUGCAUCAAGACUCUGACGAAGACAACUUCAGUCUGUCUGGUUCAAUUUCUCUGUCUCCAAACUCUGCGAUUCAUCAGGCCGGAGGGCGGGGGAGGAGCAAGAGCAACUCCCCCAAGGGCAGGAGGUCACCAAAAAGGAGAGAGCGCUCUCCUGCCAGACGCCGCAGGACUUCAUCGCCCAGUCCAAGACGCAGCAGAAGGCGGUCUCGUAGCCGGUCCAGGUCGAGAUCCAGAAGAGACAGCCGAGGCAGGUAUGACAGAGGGGGUAGAUCAUAUCGUAGAAACCGAAGUCGCAGCAGGAGUAGAAGCCCUUAUCAUAGACACAGAUAAAUAUUUUUUUCUUUAGUUUUGGUAUUUCUUUAAGGGAUGGUUCAAUGACUUGUUAUUUUUUUCAUUCCUGUGUACAUCCACAGAACAUCAACAUUGUAUGUUCCUACUGCAUGGGGUGUUCACAACAUGAGUUUCCAUGCAUAUAAUUUUGGUUACGUUAAUUUUUUGUGUUCAUGAAGGUUUGACUGUAUCAUAUUAAGGUUAAUGCCGUCUCAUCUAAAAUGUAAAAAGUCUAGAGAACACACACGCAAGCAAUUUUAUGAAAUUUAAACUGUCGAAGUCUUUCAAGCUCUGGUUAUUUACUAUGUCAGACAGCUAGCAAAAUUCUAAGAGGAAAAAUGCCUCUCGUUCUCGACAGUUUUAAUUUCAUAAACGAAUACAUUUUAGUUAUGUUCUUAGUUAAAUAAAAUAUUUUGAACGACGUUCUGACAAUUUGAUCUAAUCAAAUAAAACCCAUACUCUGUAUAACCGUUUUGUAGAUAAAUAAAAUAAAGGGAACUCUUAUAGGAAAA